UAGGUGGUAUUGCCACAGCCAUCUUUUGCGAGGAGGAAGAAGAAGAAGGAAGAAGUAGAUUUCGGAAGUGGAACGUUCCACGAAGCAUUGUGAAAUAUGACUGAUGUCUCAAGUUACGAAAGCACCUCAUCACUGUUUCACCAACAGUCAGAUGCAGCAACACUGAUCCCGCACCACACAAGGCUUGUAACAACUUACAUUACUUCAAAUUGCAUUCAGGGACUCUUCCACCUGAUGCAGUUCGGAGACGGAAGGAUUUUUCCUGCAACCAGUGAGGACACCAGAGACCAGAGCAGGGAUUUCAUGGAAAAUGGUGGUGGGAAGAAACUCGUCAUCGGAGCGAAGACUGACUCUGCAAAAACGAUGUUGGGAGUGACUGAUACAGAAAAGUCGGCCACAACCAGAGUCUCAACAUCGUCUGCACUGAACGCGACAUUUUCCACAACGACUAGCAACGACACAAGCCAGAGGAAUAUGGUGACGGCCAGAGUUGUCAUGGAUAGGGUCUCACAGAAAGAUUCUAUGGAGAAGCCCUUGUUCUGCUUGACGAGCUACAGGACGAGCAUCGUUGUCGUACUUCCAGAGGACGGACUGUGCGACUUUAUGUUCCUCGACAGUAUCAAGGUGGUCGGGAAUAAAUCCAUUGCAGCAACGGGUGACCACCCGGAUGCACUGAUAGACUUUCGCUCGCUAGCACGUGCGAGCAGGAAGACUUUUUUCGGAAUCUCAUUUUGUCACAGGAGUCUUAGGACGGCAGUCAACAUGUUGCAUACACCAGGAGGUGUAUGGCUUGUGAAAGAGAUAUGGGAAGACAACAUACACCAGUACGGUGUUUUAAACGGCGUUAUCGACAAUACCACAGAUAAAGAAUACACGGGAACACUGGUUAACUUUCUCACUACAAUAAGAAGUCUGCAAGUUAAAAUGAAAUCGGACGCUUCUGCUGAACCAGAAUGCAUUUUUGUUGGUCUAAAAAUUCUUGGCAAUGAAGAGGGCACGACAGAAGAAAAAGCAGCGAGUCUCUUGAGCACUGUGCUGCUGAAAGCUCCAAUGGACGGCCUCCUGUUGAGGACGGAAUACUACGUGGACCACCACGAAAAUCCUAACUGCCGCGUUACAGGGCCAGGGCCGUGGUCCGGUAGCUUGUACGACGACCAACCGAGUUUCGUACAAGCACUGCAGUUCGUGGACGCAACGACGUUCCCAAAGCGUCUCGUAUUAUUUCCGUCGUCUACUUUGAUGCCGCAUGCCUACAGCUACUUGUGCAAGCCAGGAGCUGAAGUGGAUGCGCGCUACGUAAACUUCGGCAGCAAUUGUACAGCCCGUCCACAAAAUAUGCCCUUUCUAGCCCACACGCAAGUGGUUUGUUCUGCCAAGGCCGAAAACGAUUCUCUUACCUAUUUUGAUAACAACUCGAUGCAAAUGUUCACGCUCACGAACACCAACUGUACGGAGGAAGCAGCUGCCUUGCUGUACGUUUAUGACGUUGCGGAAAGCCUGCACACUAAGAUGUGCCACGUACUGAAAUCCUAUUCCAAGUGGCGAUUCGGCUGGGCACUGUCGGAUAUCGAGCUCGCCAGAGAAGGUACAGAAUGCUACAACAAUUCCGAGGCGUCAGGGAUUCUUCAAAUGGCGCGCUCGGUGCUUCAUGUACAAAGUUACAAGGACAAGGACUGCGGAGCAGGACAUAUGAUAGAGUAUCGCCAGUUGAUGCAAAUAUUUAAUACAGAUAUUUAACGUUUC